GCGAUGGAUGUUGAGGAGCUCUUUCGUUCGCGCAGCCUCUCCGGGCGCCGUCUGGGGCGCAUCCUCCGCUACAUCAGCGAGCGGCCUCACCUGGCAGACACAGCCCGACUGACUCACCUGCUGCAAUCCUGGACUUCUGCAAUCAACACAGAAGGUGCCGCUGCGGCAGCAACAACAUUCUGCACCGACGAUGCUGCUCAGCUCUUCGGCUGCCUGCCAUCGCUAAUGGAGCUGGAAUCGGACGAGCUAUGCGUUCGGCUGGCCAACCUGAGGACACAACUGUCGGCUGCUCGUCACUACUCGCUGCACCGCCUUCUGCGAGAGGUGCCGUCUGCGAUGGGUCUGAGUGGCAACACGUCGGCGUGGCGGCUGUACGGGCAUGUCGUGCAGCACAGAAUGGCGCCCUUGAUGCAGGAGCUGCUGGACCAUCCUGUCUAUAAGAGCGACCCUCAUGGCGCCAAGGAGAGGGCCAUCCGCCUCAUGCACAAGAUGAAGCAGGCCUCGCAACGGAAAGAGGUGCCAAACGAACGGAGGCCCUCAGACGGAGGGACCUUUUCCCACCACGUAUGUGUGUGUGUGUGUGCAGGACUUCGCCGAUCUGUCGACCCUUUAUGGCUACACGGCCCUCAAGUUCACUGAGAGGAGCCUCCUGGUGUUUCAGACCCUCCGCACGGCCCUCUCCCUCUCUCUGCCCAUGCCCCUCCCACCGCCCGCCUCUUCUGAUCAUCCGGCUGGUGACAACCAUGCCGCGCCUGUACUCCUGGUGGUGUCGAUCGGCGGCGGGCCAGGGAAUGACGUGUACGGCUUCAUUCUCUUCUGGGAGCUAAUGAUCGGCCAACCGCCACCGUCUUCCAAUGGCUGUGUGUCACUGUACGUGUUCGAUCUGGUGGAGGAGUGGCGGGCGAUUGUUGACCGUGUGGCUGAAGUGAGCGGCUGGCAGAUUCUCUUCGGCUUGUGUGACGUGUGUGAGGCGUUGCUUGGGGGGACUGAAGAGCCGUGUGUGAAUAGGGAGCUGAGGGAGGUGUGCGAAUCGGCGACGGGGCCGUCCCUCUUCCUCUUCAGGUGCACCUCGUCUGUGCCACCAGGCAAUCGCACCACACCACAUGCCUGGCUGGCUGAUGCGUGCUGUGUGUGUGUGUAUGUGUGUUUGUAUGUGUGUCAGUUUCGUGUUGUUCGAGAGCCAGUCGUGGCGCACCUUCCUGUCGCAGCUGUGGGACACUGCACCGGGCGGCUCGCUCUUCUACUUUGCCGACGGGUCACAGCAGGAGAUGAGGAAGAUCGUGGAGGUACGCGCGCUCGCCCGUGCGCACUGACACACAGGCCCCGACACGUUGGUCUCUCUGUCUGUAUGUGUCUGUCAGGCGUUUCCUGAGUGCGUCGAGGGUGAGUCCAUGUGGCGGGUCCACCAGGCCCUGCUCGUUGUGAAGAGAUGAUUGCUGAGCCGCGCAAUCGGCAGCCAGGCAGACUGGCAGUCGUGUGUCGUGGGUGGUUUCUGUGGCAGGGGACUGUGCAUAGGAUGCCUUCUGUGAACAAACUGCAUGCGGCCAGCAGUGUCCAACCCUACACACGCUCCAUCUCGGUGUCCAAAAACCAUGCC